AUGGCUUCAAAGACAGACCCCGACGAGAAGCGUCCCUCCUCCCGCGAUGUCUCCUCCCAAGACAUUGACGAAUUCGCCUCCUCCAUCCCGCUCAUCGACCCCCAUGCUGAGAAGCGCCUCCUGCUCAAGCUGGACAUGUACUUUGUCCCCAUCAUCAUGCUCGUCUACUUGACAUGCUUCCUCGACCGCAGCAACAUCGGCAACGUCAAGGUUGCAGGCAUGCCCGAGGACAUUGGCGCCAGCGCAAAGGAGUUUUCGACAGCCGUGUCCAUCUUCUAUGCCACGUACGUCGCGUUCGAGCCGCCGUGGAGCGUCAUGAUGAAGUGGAUGACGCCGCGCAUCCUGUUGACGGGUCUCUGCGUGGUGUGGUCUCUGACGACCAUCUGCACGGGCUUCAUUCAUAACGUCGCUGGACUGUACGCGGUGAGGUUGGUGCUGGGGGCGUGCGAGGCCGGACUGUUCCCCGUGAUGAACUUGUACCUUACUAUGGUGUACAAGCGUCAUGAGCAGGGGAUUAGGGUCUCGUAUCUGUUUGUGUGCACGGCGAUUUCGGGGGCCUUUGGAGGGUUGCUGGCGUUUUCCAUCUUGAAGAUGGAUGGCGUUGCUGGGUAUGCGGGCUGGAGGUGGGUGUACAUCAUCGAGGGCAUUUGCAGCUUCGUCGUUGCACCGAUUAUCUGGUUUGGGCUGCCGAAUGAUCCUUCCAAUGCGUACUUCUUGACGGAGGAGGAGAAGGCUAUGAUGAAGGUUCGGGAGGCGCAGAGGGCGCAGUAUAUGGGCAGUGAGGAGUUUAGCUGGGAGGAGAUUUGGAUCAGCCUCAAGGAUCCGAAGCUGUAUCUCAGUGGUUGCAUCCAGUUCUGUCAGGACAUUCUCCUGUACGGCUUCAGCACGUUCCUCCCCUCCAUCAUCGUCAGCAUGGGCUACACGUCCAUCGAAGCGCAGUAUCUCAGCAUCCCGGUGUACAUCUUUGGCGGCUUGUGCUUCCUCGCGCUCGCCUUCGUCUCCGAUCGAACAUGCAUCCGCGGGCCGUUCCUCUGGCUCUCCAACAUCCCCGGCAUCGUGGGCUACAUUCUUAUCUUGGCGCCUACCAGCAACGCGGUCAAGUUCCUCGGCACCUUCUUCUGCGCUGCCUCGACGUACUGCGGCCCUGGAUUGAACCUGACGUGGCUCAAUGUCAAUAUUGCGCCGCAUUAUCGGCGGGCGACGGCCAUUGGCGUGCAGCUUAGUAUGGGGAACACGGCUGGUGUUGUGGCGGGCCAGAUCUAUAGAAAGUCGCCGUAUGUUUUGGGGAAUGCGUUUUCGGUUGGGGCUUUGGGGUUGGCGCAGGUGAUUAUUGCUGCCAAGUGGUUUUAUUUGAGGAGGCAGAAUGAGGCGAAGGAGAGGAUUGCCAGUGGACAGAGGGAGGAUACGAGAAAGGUUCAGAGCGGUGACCGGGCGGUGGAUUUCAAGUAUCAUCUGUGA